AUGUACUUCCUCAAGUCCCUCCUCAGGGUGACUAUUUUUGCCGUGGGUAUUUCCACUACUAUCGCCGAAGAGCCAGAUGCGCAUGACUCAAGAAGCACACUGGAGGCAUGCGCGCCUCUUUGGGAUGUUGCGCUGUCUUUACGGGACCAGUUCCUCGUGAAGCGAGCCACGGUUGACCCUCUCGGACUGCUGACACGGGAGUUGAAGGAGUCAUACGACCGGCUCAUGGGGUACUACAGCAGCGGGAUGUACAAUAUGCUCGAGGCCUGCGGCACGCUGCAGAGCUUCAAAUGGCCUCCGAAAGGGUAG